AUGGGAUCAUUCCGGGACGGCAGAUCCUUUGCUGCAGUUCUAUCUGGGCGUGAAGGUCCACCUCCGCCUCCUCCUCCUCCUCCAGAGUUAACUAGAAAACCUAUCUCCCUUGAGGUUGAUACGUUUUGGGCUCAUUGGAUUGAUAGUCCACUUACUUUAAUUGGUGUCGUACACAGCCUAGAACAUCUAAAGAACUUACCAACAGGGAUAAGGCUGGGACAUUCCUCUGCUUAUGGAAUGAAAUACUUAGGAGGCCUAUCGGUUGGGAUUCGGUUCAGGAGUGAAGGUGACGUUGACGAAUUCCUUAAGAAUGAGAACUACUGGAGGGAAUGGUUCAUCGAAACUAAACGGGGGAACUCCUAUGAUGCGUUGCCGGGAAGAAUUGCUUGGCUGAAGAUAAUUGGUCUACCACUACAUAUGUGGAGUGAAGGAAAUUUUGAACGAAUUGAACGAAUUGCAGGGACGGUCGGGAAGGUGCUAAGUCCAUCCGAAAUUUCAAUGCGUCUGCAAGAUGUGUCGUGUGGUAAGAUUUGUGUCCUUACAAAAAGGAAGAUAAGAAUCAAUGAAGAGGUUGCAGUGGAAUUUAAUAAAAAUAUAAUAAAGGUGGGGAUCUCUGAAGUUGACUUCGAAUGGUCUCCUUUUCCAUCAUGCAAUUGGUCGAUGGAUGAUUAUGACGGGCACGAUAGAUCCGGUGAUUUGGAGAAUUUAGAGAAGAAUGAAGAUUCAAACUCGGAGGAUAAGGAUGAAGGUAUUUCAGAAACUAUUAUUUCAUCAGGAUGGAAACCUAUUAAUGGAGGUUUACCUGAGGAUGAGUUGGAAGAAGGAGAAUUCCGACAUGGUGAAUUCACCGAAGACGAAGUGAUGGAGGCGAUGGAUGUAAGACGUGAGCCUUCGCCGGAAAUCAGAACUUGGGUGGGGGAAACGCCGAUCUGUGAAGCUAGACCGUCGGGAGGAGAUCCAACUCAUGGGGAAUUCCAACCGACUCCAACGGAUAAAUGCCAACGGGUGGAUAGAGGUGAUGACCAACUGGUUGACCACUCAAACGUCGUUGCUACCCAGGUGGUAAAUAACGUGAAUAUCGGUAUGCUAAACCCGGAUCUAUUAAAACUUGGAUGUUUUGGGCCAUUCAAAUGUGGGCCUGUUAAUAUGGGUGGUAGGAAACUGCCAAAAUCGUUUGGGCCCCUAAAUGAAAAUAAAGAUGAUUCGGAGCUGGAGAUUGAUUCGAUAGAUGAUGGAUCUACUAGAAAGAAGCUGCGACGCUCUUCCCUCUCACGUCUAGACUUAAAUUGCAACCCCUGCAACUCUUCUGACUCUACUCACGAUUUAAAUAUUGGCGAUGAUGAAACAAUCUCGCACCGCUCGUUUCAAUCUUCGGGUCAGAUUAAAUCUACUGUUCGUCUUGUUGAUAACUCCGAGGCUACCCUAACAGUAGAAAUUGGUAAAAUGGUUGAUGUGGACAUUGAAUUUGGGAACGAAGUAUUGGAGGAGGUAUUGGGUAUGGAAGGAGAGAGCAAUAACCACAAUGAAUGUGCUCUCUUUGAACGUUAG